UAUUUUUUUGUUCUUUCCUGGAUUGAAACUGCAUUCGAUCGUAAGGUUAUAGUUCAUUCGUUUAAGGGGAUUAAUAUCUUAUCUUUCCCCAAAUCCAUCGUUCCAAAAGAUAUUUUUCAAGCAAACCCAGAGCGAAUUCCAUGGCUUCCACUUCAACAUCCUUGAUACCCUUUCGAGGAAAUGGUCCAAGAGCCAGUUUCUCAUCGUCACCAGCAAAAACUGCACUCCACAAAACGUUGAGAUUCUCAUUUUCGUCGAGGUCAAACAUAGUUGUAAGCGUUAAAUCUUCCAGCAUCGUGAAUUAUAAUGAAGUGGUCGUUGAUGAAGAGAUGGACAGGAUUAGAAGACUCCAGAACGGGUCCGACGUUCGAGGGGUUGCAUUGGAAGGCGAAAAGGGUCGAGCCGUGGACCUUACCCCACCGGCCGUGGAAGCCAUUGGCCAGAGCUUCGGUGAGUGGGUUAUCAGGGCCUUGGAGAAAGAACGAGGACGACCGGUAGAAGAUGUUAAAGUUUCACUUGGCAAAGACCCUAGAGUAUCCGGCGCAUCUCUCAGUGCAGCAGUGUUCGCAGGCCUUGCUCGAGCCGGUUGCUCGACGUUUGACAUGGGGCUAGCCACUACACCAGCUUGUUUUAUGAGCACUUUGCUUCCGCCAUUUGCUUACGAUGCUUCGAUAAUGAUGACUGCUUCUCACUUACCUUACACUCGCAAUGGUCUGAAAUUUUUCACUAAGAAGGGCGGUCUAACGUCGCCGGAAGUGGAAGAGAUAUGCGACAAAGCUGCCCGUAAGUACGCCAACAGGCUCACGAAAGUGUCGACGAUGCUCAGCUCUCGUCCCAAAAAGGUUGAUUUCAUGAGGGCUUACGCAAAGCACCUUCGGAACAUUAUCAUAGAGAGAGUGAACCAUCCGAUUCACUAUGACACUCCACUCGAAGGAUUUCAGAUAAUUGUAAAUGCUGGGAAUGGGUCAGGAGGUUUCUUCACAUGGGAUGUGUUAGACAAGCUUGGCGCGGAUACAUUUGGUUCUCUACACCUCAACCCUGAUGGGAUGUUCCCUAAUCACAUCCCCAAUCCCGAAGACAAUACUGCAAUGGCAUUAACCCGAGCCGCCGUGCUUAAAAACUCAGCUGAUCUCGGGAUUGUUUUUGACACCGAUGUAGACCGCAGCGGUGUGGUUGACAACAAAGGCAACCCCAUCAACGGUGACAAGCUUAUAGCACUUAUGUCCGCCAUUGUUUUGAAAGAACAUCCAGGUACCACCAUUGUUACUGAUGCCCGUACGAGCAUGGCACUCACAAGGUUUAUCACCGACAGAGGAGGUCAACAUUGCUUGUACCGCGUCGGUUACCGGAAUGUUAUCGAUAAGGGGGUUCACUUGAACGAGGAUGGCAUCGAAACACAUCUCAUGAUGGAAACUUCAGGACAUGGUGCACUCAAAGAGAACUAUUUCCUCGACGACGGGGCUUACAUGGUAGUGAAAAUCAUCAUUGAAAUGGUACGCAUGAAACUUGAGGGGUCAAAUGAAGGAAUAGGCAGUCUGAUAAAAGAUCUCGAAGAGCCAUUGGAAUCCGUCGAGCUUCGGAUGAAUAUCAUCUCUGAGGCUAAAUAUGCAAAGGAAAGAGGUACUGAGCUAAUUGAAGCAUUCCGAUCCUACAUCGAGGAAGGUCAGCUUGAAGGAUGGGAAUUAGACUCUUGUGGAGAUUGCUGGGUAAGUGAAGGCUGCCUGGUCGACUCGAAUGACAGUCCGACUGCCAUUGACGCUCACAUGUACAGGGCUAAAGUUUCAAAUGAGGAAGACGAAGAAAUUGGUUGGGUACACAUAAGGCAGAGUAUCCACAACCCCAACAUAGCUAUAAACAUGCAAUCGUUGGUUCCCGGAGGCUGUCUACAGAUGACAAGAGUUCUCAGAGACAAGUUUCUGUUGGCAAGUGGAAUGGAUAAAUUCCUUGACAUUUCUCAGGUCGAUAAGUAUGCCAAAGAUGGGAAAAUGGGUUGAGCUUCAGUUUGUAGCAUAGUAUAUAUAUCUAUAUAUUUUGUG